CGCCGCCGCUGAAUUUUGUAAAUUUGCAAACAUUUUCGCUCUCAGAUUUCAUUUCUCUAAUAGGAAUCAGUUCUUCGUCUCGAAUUUCCGAAAACAACGUUCCCUCACCGUGAAUCUCUUCUCAAACACAAAUAGCUCCAAUUUCAGCGAUUUUAAUUUAUUUUUUUUAACAAAAUGAGGGCUAAAGUUGUGGUGUUUCCGAUCAGAGGGAGGAAUUGGUGUUUCAGCCGAUCGAUUGAUCCUUCUGCGGCCGCCGCUCAGCCAUCCACCGCUCCGUCGACGGUGAAGGAGCUCUGGAGCAAACUCUCCAGCGAUAAGCCAUCCGAGGACUCGAAAGUCGAGCUCGCCGUUGAUUUCUUCGCAAACAAGAUGAAUGGAGCUUGGACUAAGCUGGAGAAGGCGCCCCAAGGAACUUUAAAGAGUAAAAUUCAUGGGUUGGGAGUGAAGUUAUUGUCACGUGUGAAGCCAUCAGAAAUCUUCUUUAAAUCUAUUCCAAAGGAGAUUAAUAGAGUGGAUAUUGUGUAUCCAUCGAGUUUGAAUCCAAGACUUGUUCGUCGAAGACUCCGACAUCUAGCAUUCAGGGGAUCGGUUAUUCACACAAAAUACUUCUACUGCUCAGCCAUGAUGGUGCCUUUGACAUCAGUUUUCAUGGUUCUUCCUUUGCCUAACAUCCCAUUCUUUUGGCUCUCGUUCCGCGCCUAUUCUCACUGGAGAGCAUCACAGGGAAGUGAAAAGCUGAUGCACUUAGUCACUGAUGCCUCCUAUCGACCUAAUCCUUCUGAUCAGACGUCCAAAACCGAAGAUAGUUCCACUCAAGACAAAAACAGUGGAAAUUCGACGAAUUCUCUAUUCGUUUUUCAGCCGUCGGAAGAACUGGAAAAGCUUAUCCAAAAGAAGGACAGCGAGAAUGGUCUGAGUGAGUGCGCGAUAUCGAAGAUUUGCCAGAAACACUACCUGAUAGAUGCAGAUGUGAAGAAAUACAGAGAUUCUGUUUAGCCAUCAGUUUAGUUAGAUGCUACUUUCCAGUUUAGUGAAUUCCAUUCAUUCUUGAGAAAUUCUUUGCUAUUUACCCUUGUUUUCCUGGUUAGAAUUUGAGCAAAUCUGUAUAUGUCCCUUGUAGAAAAAGCAAUAAAAAUUGCCCAUUAAGUUAAGGCAAUGGUGCAAUAAACUAUAAUCUGGGUUCAUGAAUUCUGAAAUUGGGACAAAUGCAAUGGAUUUGUUAUUUUAGA